AUGUUCAAGACCAGCUACCUGCGUGAGGUGCGCAAGGAGAAGUAUGAGCGUUCAGAUGUCUUCGAUGAGGAACCUGAGUACUCUGAAUCCUCUGCGGGCAUCUCGGCUAUCCAGGGCUGGGAGAGCCUACAGGAGCUCAACAGCCGCUUUGCCCGCUACAUCAACAGGGCCCGAGUCCUGGAGCAACGCAAUGCUGUUUUCCGCAAACAACUGGAGACCCUGCAGCGGAUGGAAGAAGCCAGCGGACUGGAGGAGGCCUUCACAGAGCAGAUUGAAGUUAACAAACAGAGAAUCAGAGAGCUUUUUUCUGAGCACGCCAAGCUGGAGAGAGAGCUGAGAGAUGCCUGCCGGAUGUUGGAUGAAUUCACCAGCAAGUAAGAGAGCGGGGAGUGGAGAGUUGUGGCCUUUCUGUGAUAGUGUGGACAGAAAAAUCUCAACUUUGGAGUCCUUGGGUUGUGUACAAAUGUCAUUUUAUUCCAAGUGUCACUUUGUUGCCCUUUAAUGCCAGACACCACAAAUCAUGGUCAAAAAAUUCAAUUUUUUUUGGAGCUGAAAUGUUUAUUUCACUUACGACUGAAAACCAAAAAAAUCAAAAUGUCCUUGAAAUGUAACAAAUAUAUUUAUUUAUCUCAUUUGAUACAUUAGAUGUUUUUGGAAACUGAUAAACAACAAGAGGACAUUAUUUAUCAGACUGUAUUUUUUAGUAAUUUAUUGAUCAUAUUGAUUUGAUAGAAGUAUAUAAAAGUAUUAAAGGGUUCAGAAAAGAUGGUAAAAAACCUUAACCAGAUGCAAAGACAUCAGUUUGGGGAAAAAGACAAUUAGAUCAGUAGUCAAAAUUAUUUAUUGCAAUCAAUGCAAUCAAACUGUCAAAAAAUAUACUGAUUACUGUGACGAGUCACUGUGUCACUAAACACGAUUGAAAGUUGCUAUAAUGCAAUAAUGUGAUGUCAAAAGGUCACAGAAAUAUUUAAAAAUAUUUAAAGUAUCAUAGUGGUAUUAAUAUAUUAAUGUUUAAUUCUCACAAGCAACCUCUUGUGACUUUAAUAAACUCAGACUACAACAGUUAAAAUAGAGAAAUUUGUUUAGUAUCACAGACAGACUCUAUUAAAGGAGGAGAGAAAGUUACAUUUUAUAAAUUGAUUGAACUUAACAUUUCAAAUAUCCAUAAAUUCCUCAAAAACUAUUAUAUAUCAACUGACUCCACCCACCAUGUUUCUGAUUCUCUGAGAAGAAUAUUGAGCAACUUUAGUGGAUUCAGGAGGUCAAGAGAGCUGGGCUCACCGCUCUGUGAACCCAAUUUACAGCCCUGGAAUAGUGCGUUUACAGAGCCGUGAAGAUAGAUUUGUUCAUUGAUGCUCUCUCACCCUUUGCACAUGGCACACACAUGCAGUUAAACUCAAGAAACGCACAGGUUAAUUAUGAUAAUUGCUCACUGUCAGGUUGAACUGUUUCUGAAAUUAACACAAACGAGGUGUUUCUAUUUUGUAGAUACAGAAAUGAAUGUGAUUAUCAAGAGCAGCUUCGAGGCACACUGGAACAGCUAAACAAGGUAGAGUAUGGAUGAAAGGAGGUUUCUCCAAUUGAUUACUGUAAUAAAAAUGCUUAUUUUUACUCCGACAUGUCAAAUCCAAUACAAUUAGCUUCAAACAUGCCUAAAGCUUCACUAAGUACACACCGUGCCAUUAAUCGUGUUUUCCAUUGGAUUCUCCAUUGUUCCUCUCUUCUCUUCUCUUCUCUUCUCUUCUCUUUUCGUCUCUCUUGCAGGAGGCUGACAGUGCUUUGCUGAGAAACCUUGAGUUCCAGAUUCAAUCGCAGUUCCUGCAAGACGACAUUAACUCAACCAGAGAUAGACACAAGAAGGUCAGUCGCAUUAUCGAUAAGGAAUAAAUUAUCGUAACUUCCAAACCUGAAAAUUAACUGACUGUUGCAGCACUGGCUUCUUGAACAACCCUCACACUAAUCUGCCAUGCAAUAUGAUUUUGGAUUAGUUAACCAAAUCGUUAAAAAUGCACUCAGACCACAUUUAAGAGCGUCUGUGCAGCCGAGAAGGUCAGAAUAUAAAAAUGUGAGGCCUCUAAACUCAGAUUGGGUCAUUUUAGAGCCUUUUUAUAAUGAGAUGUCUGCAUUUUUAUGGCACUCUGGCAUGCUUACUCAGGCUGGCAUUUGAAAACGGCGUGGACAAUGACACGUUGCAAUGAAAAAACAAAGGGUUUUGCAAACUGGUAUUUGUUAAUGGCCACUUGUGACUUUGCAGGCGUUAUCUUUUUAUAGAAACUGACACUAUUUGAUGCAAGAAAUCAGAGUUAGCAGUGAGAAACUGCAGUGAUGCUCAGGAAAAAUUAGACAGGCACUGAGCUCUUAUUUAUUGACUUUUAAACAGUGACAGGCUGUCUUGAAAAAAUAGCUUCAAUUAUGUCCUGACAUCGUUCAAAGCAGUCCACAUCAAGAAUAUGAGAAUUAUGAGGAGCAUUGUACUUUUGUUGAGGUACAAGACCUGAACAAAUGGGCCAGAGGAAAUACUAUGAUAUACCCAGGGCUUUGGCAGCAAUUUUACCCUUGAUGUGGGUGAAGAAAGGUUUAAUGGAAAAAUUUAACAUGUCUGCUCAUGGGCACUGAGAUAUGACAGGACAGCGGCAGAGAGACAAGGGCUGAAAUAUAACCCUCUGUGCAGGGGGGGAAUGGCUUAAAGGUGCAAAAAUAAUGGCCACAUAAAUGCUGAGACUAAAGAAAACCAGGCUGUCACAUAAUGCUUAAAGCACACUCUCUAUUGCUAGCUCUCUCUCUCUCUCUCUCUUUGUCACCCAGUGCUGCUUUUGAUGAUGAAUUAAUGCAUGACAUUGCAGUAUUGCGAUAGCACAUCAAAAGGCUCUGCUGUAGGGAAAGAAAAGGAUGCAUAUGAAUAAAUGGGCCUUUACACCUGAGCUUUAUAGUAGAGGAGGAGGAGGACAUACACCUAGAGAGAAAGUCUCUUUAUUACCCAGUCAGAGAUCAUGCUCGACCUAAUGGAUUUCUAGAAAAAGAAAGAGAUGCUGAGAGUGUGAUGAAUAUAUAUCAUAGCCAAUGAAAUUCUUUUGUCAGACACCUUCAUUAUCUGUCAAACCUUACAGAGAAAUGUAAAAGUAAGUAGGUGGUUAUGUAACUAGACUGAAUGAAGGAGUUAAAUUUUGCAGCGUGAAACUGAUUGGGGGUGUUCAGAGUUUUAUAUUUAAUCUUUUUUUGUCUUUUAUUCUUCUCAUUUUCUUCUCAGAACCUUGCAGAGAUCCAGACCUACGUGAACAUUUUGCAGCAAAUCAACCAGACGCUGCCUCUCACUCCGAACGUCUCAGUGGGCAUUUCAGAGGUGAGGUCAAUAAUGUCGUCACCGAAUGUUUUUGUGUGCCACAGUCCUUGGCGGAGAAGAUGGUGUUUGCUAAGAGUGUCAGCCUUCCCUUUGUGCCUGUUGUGAUGAGUUUUUUUGUCAUGUGAGUCCACGUGACUUUUAUCUUGCAUAAUGGUGAGAGUGGAAAGCUCAGAUGCUGUUAUAUUUUUCAUACUCAGGGUUCAUUUGGAUUCUGGGAAAUCUAAAUUCAAGCAAGACAGUCUAAAACUAAUAAAAAAAUCAGAUUAUCAUCAAUAUUUUGCACAAUUUACUAUUAAUUACUUAAUUUAUCGCCAAGUCUGUAGGUGAAAAAACAUUGUCUUGGCUUUUUUGUGUCUGGACAGUACAGCACUGAAAGAUGACAAUCAGAACAAUCAACAGUCAAAAUCUUUGAAGAAAUUAGGCUGGUGUUUGAAACAGUACAACAUAUUUAUCACCAAUAAGCUACAGUCAGACAAAAGAUGAUGAACAGGGAACAUCUAAAAGGAAAUUUAGCCAUAUUUCAAGAUAAAAUAACAAAAUUUAAUAAACCCCAGUUGAGUAAGAGCCAUAGCUUCUCGGUGAGUUGAGGAAGUGGCUGAAGUCUAACAGUACUGUUCUGUGUUUUUAUACUAUAUAGUAGUACAGUAAAUGAAAUAAUGUUCCAUUCGAAGCCAAGUAAUGUAAGCUUAGAUUUGUGUAAAUGUUAGCUUUGACUGUGUGAAGGCCAAAGCUGAUUUCCUUUUGCUGUAUAGAGUUGAAACAUUGCCAAUCGCUGACACAGAACCCAAACAAUAAAACAGCGCUUCUUUUUCCAGCUUUUAAAUGUGACAUCCCAGGAAAAUUACCUGUGCUGAUAUGUUAAAUUACUGCCCCGGGUGUUUAUUUGUAUAGGCACCCCUCUCCCCACACGUGUAGGCGUGUUUGUAAACACGUGUGAAGAGACACAACUAUAGACAUACUGCAUGUGCAGGCCAUCAACUCCAAUAUACGAGGGUACAUCAGGAAGUAAAUGCAGAGGAUGGAUGAGCUUAAUGUAUGAGGAACUGCACUCACAGCAGCUAACAUAUGUGCAGCAGAUUAUGACGUAUUCAUAGAAACAUUUCACAGAGGUAGAGCUAGUCUUAAUGGAGAAAUAGUACAAUUAGUUCCAUUAAGAUAGAGAGCAGCAGUGAGUGGUUGCUUGUUGUGCAAGAACCUAGAAAAAUAAGAAACUGGGGGAUAUAGAUUGAGAUGCUUUAUUUAAGUUGAACAAAUGUUUUCAGUCAUUCUGCUCUUAUCAAAAUUAAUCAUUAACGCUUCAUUUUACGAUACACUUAUUAACAGGUAAUUAAUAGGUAAUUACCCAGUAACAACAUGAAAUUAUGUGGUAAUUACAUGAUAACUACUAAGUCAAAACUGUGAAGCUACCAGGUAGGUAAUCAUCACCAUCAUCAUAGAAAUUUGAAGCCGAAUUGCUCUGGUAUUUCCAGGAUUUCCUCCGCUUCCUGGAACCACCACUUGCGCAGUAGCACUGUUCGCAUUCAGCGGUUGAGUCACUGUGAUAAUGCUCGGCUCAAACAGCGUAUCGCUACGCAGCCUUCGCACGCCCAUACGCUGUAUCAAGUGUCAAUCAUAGAAAAUAAGAACCCCAAAUAGCUUGUGAAAAUGGAGCAGGACAGAAAAAAGAAAAAAGGAAAAACUAGACAGUAUUGGCUCAGUAGUUAUCAUGUAAUUACUAGAUAAUUUCAUGUUGUUACUGGGUAAUUACCUGUUAAUUACCUGGUAAUAAGUGUACCGUAAAAGAAAGCGUUACCAAUUAAUCUAUCAUGUUGUGUAAUUCAAGAUCCUGUGAGGAUGGUAAACUAGACUGUCAGCCUCAAGAUUUAUAAUUGCCAUUUUUAGGUUGUAAUGCAUGAAGAGGGUAGCAAUCAGGAAUGUAAAUCAGCCGUGAUAAAUGAUACAUGUGACUGUUUAAAAAAAGCAGGAUAAGAUUUUUGCCUUUAUAAAAAAUAUUUACAACUGUGCGGGACAAAAUUAGCAAGUAUACAAGACAUAUCACCUAAUACACCGAAAUUAUACACAAUAGUCAAGCACCAAAAUUACACUGUCAAGCUUGAACUUGCAAACUUGAAAUUGAAUUUCUUAAUUAGAUUUUAUUGUGUGUGUAGAGUUUUACUAUCAUGCAAUGAUCCAACUCUGAAAUUAGACUGUCACCAUUAAAAAUCUCAGCCCCUCAGGAAAGAUCCAACUCAUAACUGUUUGUGUUCAUUUUUAUGACCUCAAUUUUCUAAAUCUUAACCAAGAAACCCCAAACUCUUUGAAUAAGGUUGUUUAAGUUUAAGUUUAAGCCGUAGAAGUGAAUUGAAAUCAUUCUGAUGAGAAUAGGAGGGACAUUUUUAGUUUUAAUAACAGGUUGGUCUAAAACUUAAUAGAUAUAGAUACUCUGCGGCCACAUGAUGUAUAAAACUCAAUGGACUAAAAAUAGUUCAACUUUUGAGAAGAAUGACUGUUAACUUUUGACAAGACUAAAAACAAGUUAAGCUCUUGCUCCUUGGAAUUAUCUGAAUUAUUAUUGAGUGUCUGGAAAAUGCACACGUCUCUCCAAAUACUGAGAAUUCCAGAGCUCUGAAACUGAUGAACUUAAAAGAUGCUUCAUUGCUGGGUAUGUGUGAAGUGCAUAUAUGAACUGUGCCUCCCUGCAUGUCCUCAGUGGUUUGUGCAUCAUGUUUACAGGAGCAGGAGAAGCUGCUGGCCCAGAGGAAAGUACCAGAGCUGCAGAGUCAGCUGGAGGAGUUCAAGAGCGCCCUCUGUCAGCUGCAGGCUCAGAAACAUCGUCUGCAGACUGAGGUGAGUCCUGUGGUCACUGUAGCAGUAGGUAAAGGCAGUAAUUUACUUGCAUUUACUUCAAAAGUUUUUCUCAAUGUGACUUUUUAUUUCACAUGACACUUUUUUAUAUAUAUUUUUAUUCAUAAAAACACAAAGCUAAGUCCUCUUUACAGGCUUCUACAGCCCCAGUGUUGUACAUGCUGCAGUAGAACCACUAGAUGUCAGCCAUGACUGUCUAAUCAUAAUAGAGUAGCGAGGACAAACAGUGUUUUUAACCUAAAAGUCUAGAUUCUCAAAUGAAACUUUUUUCUUUUGGUUGUGUUGUUUACUCUUUUUUUUAUUAUUAUUAUCAAUAACCAGUUUUAUUUGAUUUAUUUGAUUUUCACCCUUUUUCAACCUUCCUCUGAGCGUUUUUUAAAAUUCAUGACUAUAGAGCUGCUGUUACUAUAAAUUGCUUGAUCAUUGCACUAUUGACUCUAGUGGGGCUUUGACAAUUUUAACCACACUUCCCGAAUCAUCUCCUGUCUUUGUCUCUUCCUUAAGACUACAAUGUUGGACCAAGCCAUCAAAAACACACAGGAGAGUUACGAUGAUGAGAUCCAGACGUACAACGAGCAGAUUGAAUCGCUGCGCAAGGAGAUCGAAGAGGCCGAGAGGUCGCUGGAGAAGUUCACCAGCGAAUGUCGCCACCUCUCUAUGUACCAGACGUCUCUUGAGAAUGAGCUGGAGAGGUACAAGAGGAUCAUCGAGAACGAGGACAACAGGUGCGCUGCCUUGACCUAGUUGCAGACACUUAAAGACCUGCUGACAUUGGCACUUAAAGUCUGAAUGGUUGAGAUUGGCUCCUUGCAUCUUUACUCUUCUUAAAAGGCAGAAUACAAUACUGAUAAAAUAAGAUGUUGUUGAUAUUGUGUCUUUAAAAUCAAAUUUAUGCAUUUCUUAAACAUCGGUUUCUAGGGUGCAUGAAGGUCACUGUUUCAUGGCCUUUCUAUGUAUUGAAAAAGGAUCAAUAUGUGACUUUAAGUACGAUGGUUAAGUCCUCAGAAAAGGAGAGGCAUGCAUGCAGAAUCAUCCAGCAGGUGGCACUGUACCACAACAAAUGGUUUCCUCUCUUUCAGUAGCACAAUAACAAGGCUUCUUUCUUUCUUUCUUUCUUUCUUUUUAAACUUGUGAAAUUUUGAAGUUUAAAGGUAUUUUCCUACCCUUUUCGAAUCACAUUUCCUUUUAAGACUUCUCUGGGAAACAAAGCUGCUCAGUUGUAGGUUUGACAUUUUACUGCUCUUUUUCUCUGCAGGUUGAACUCAGCGAUAAUUGGCACUCCUAUUACCCUGUUCACCACUAAUUAUCGCUACACUCACACACCCACUGCAUCAAACAGAGGGAGAGGUAAGACCUUCAUGAACAUAUACCUGCUAGUAUACACUGAGAAUCACCUCUAGGUGUUCGAACAAUCAGCUACCAAUAAGAUAGGUUUUGUCACCAGUAGAGAUUCAGCCGUAACUAUCCAGCUGCGUCAGAUUUUCAAAGACUAGAUUGCUCUAAAGCACGCUACACCACUGAAAUGUCUCAUUAGUUCAUGAAUCCCACCUAGUUAACAUGUGACUCUGUGUCUAGAUAUCACCCUGGCCAUCCAAGAUAUCACCAGCAUCAAGCCCCGCCAGAAGAUUCUUGCCAAGAAGGUCUUCAAGAAGAAAGAGCUGUCCCCUAAAGAGAUGGCUGACAGCAACCCGGAGGACAAAAACGGGGCAACUGCUGGAGAGGCUCAGGAUGACGACACAAAGGGAAUCCCAUCAGAGGAAGUGCAGGAGGAGAGGAUGAAGAGAGCCGAGCACAGACCUGUCCUCACUGGGGUGUCUCCACAAGAUGUCCCAGAUGGGGCUCAGAUUAGCAAAGCCUUUGACACUCUUUGUAACAUCGUCAGAGAUAGAAUGAGGAAGUACAAAAAGCCAGAGCCAAUCGCUGACUUCUACACCAAGGGUCGUUAUGUCCUCGUCACCGGUGACAGCAGCUACCCAGAUCCCUGCUUCUGCACCUCCACACCAUCAGCUGGCCGUGUCUUUGUCACUAUUAGAGAUGGAGUGAUACCUCCCUAUGACCCUCACAGACACAUAGGACCCUCUCCUUCUCCUACACCUACUCCAACUCCUAUUCCUACACCUACUCCUAUUCCUACUCCUUCUCCUACUCCUAUUCCUAUUCCUACUCCUACACCUACUCCUAUUCCUACUCCUCCUCAACCAAUUGUAGACCCAAGGCCUCUUAGUCCCACCUAUCCUUCUAAGGGCGGAGAAGGAAAGGACGAUAAAGAAAGAGGGAAGGACAAUGGAGGUAAAGGUAAGCAUAGGGAUGGGGAGCCUCAACCUUACUCCAAAGAUCCGAGUCCACUCCCUCCACACCCUGGCCCAAGUCCUGGCCCAUAUUCUGGUCCAAGCUCUGGCCCCAAAGAUCCAACUCCAGCUGCUGAUCAACCAAAGAAGAACAAGGACGACAUUGGUCCAAGUGGGCCAACUCCAAAGCCUGCUCCUCGUGGUGCAAGCACCAGCUCCAGCUCCAGCACCAGCUCUGGAAGCUACACCCCUGACGCCCUCAGCUAUGAGAAGGUGGAGGUGGUGGAAUCUGUAGAGAAAUUCUCUAACGGCCGCAAGAUGAAAGGUUACGAGGAGACUUCCAUGGUGGUGGAGACCAUGAUCGAGAAGUCCAGCAAGAAGAAGCAUUGA